GCCAUCACUAGUAGCGGUGCAUAGAAGAAGAGUUGAACAGAAAGUUAAAAAGUUAAACAAAACGCGAAAAAUACAGCAUUUUAAGAAAAGUAUAACAUAUUUUUGUCGCGCGGGAUGAAGGAGAACAACAAGAUCCUCCAGCUCAUCUAUGUGGCGUGGCGCGAGCGCUGGUCGGACUCUCAAUGGGGCAUCAACAUCAAAAAGGUGCUGCCGCGUGGAGUCAGCGGAGAUGCCUACAACUUGGCGGACUGCCUGAUGCAGCAGGCCCUCAUUGGAUCCACAGCCAACCCGCUGGUUCUGAACUACCUGAAGCAUUCCCUGUGCGCCCACCUCGUUUCCCAUGCUGCCGUCCUGCGGUGCAUAGCCAAGUACGAUAAACUGGAGAGGGUCUAUUGCAUCACAGCUUUGCUGGAGUUUCUGGCGGGCAUUGUGGAUGGGGUGACUUGUCGCAUCAAGUCCGAGGAGGCUGUUCUACCAAGUGCCGUUGUCAACCUGGUCUAUUGGCUGCUGCAGAUCUUUGCGCGCACCGUGCAGCACUAUGAGCUGUACAGCGAGAUCAGCGCGGAGCAAUCGUACCUGCUGGAUCAAACCUGCGUGGUGAUCGAUCGCCUCAGCCAGCACCAGUUUCUGCUCUCCAUGCUGUACGUGGGCUGUCACGAGGAGCUGGAUACCUGCAUGCGCAUCAGAGACAAGCACGCCACCAUUAAGGGCUCCCUGACCAACUCCAACUUCACGUUAAGCUCCCCCAAUGUCGAGCAGCAGCUCCAGCAGCUGGCUUACAUCGAGGCGAAGCAUUUAGAUAUGCAGCCCCUGAACCCGGCGCCCGCGCUGGAAAAGAUCUCCUGCUGCGUACAGCCGCUCCUCGCCGUGGAGGUGCUCCUGAAUCCCUGCAAAGACACAAGCUACUAUGUGGCCGAGCUGCAGAUGCUGCAACGCCUCAAGCGCUACUCCAACACCCGUCUCUUCUAUGAGAUUAUCCGAGCGGGUUUUCUUACGCUGAGCAAUGUGGCCGACACCAGCCCGGACACCAUGUGGGGCGCCUUCAUGUUCUUCAAGAUGCCCCACAUCAUCAAACAGUUGCAUGCACUACAACGGGUUCCCGGGGAGCAGCCUCCCAUGACGGAUUACAUUCCGGAGCUGGUCGAGGCCCUGGAGCUGCUCAUCGAGGACAGCCUACUGCUGGAUUUUAUGGACACCAAGUGUUCGUGCAACAUGAUAGAGUUUCUGCUGAACGACUGGACCAAGCAGCAGCUGGUCAGCGACAUCCACGUCAAGAAGUUUGCCAGCCAGAGAGAAGCGGCUGCUCAGCUGCUGAAAAAAUGCGACAACGGCCAGCAGACGCCCUCGAACAUCAACAUCAUCAAGCGCGCCGAAGUGCCGCUGUCCGGAGUGCUCAAAACACUCUGCACCAACAAGGUGCAGGAUAUGGUGAACGUGCUCUGCCAGGUGCCAGUUGGCAACAGCUUCGAGCUGAUCCUCUCAGUGGCCACCGUAGAGGGACGGCUGAAAACCUUCGUCUCCCGCCUAAUUCAAUGCAAUGAGAACUCGAAGCCGGUGCCGGGCGAGUUGGGGAAGCUCUGCGUCAUCCGUUCGACAUUAUUCGACGUGUCCUUCUUAAUGCUGACCAGCAUCGUCCAGACCUACGGAUCGGAUGUGGUUCUAUCAGAGCGGGGAGAUUCCUUUUUCGAGAAGUGGGUGCGAGAGUGCAUGGUGGAGCGGAACAAGCUUAAGAAUCCCCGCCAGAUUCUUGCUUUAUGCGACGACAGUAUUGUGGAUGAGCUUCUGCUUAGCUUGAGCAAGCCGGAGGCUGCCCAACUGAAACCGAGUAACCUCAGUUGGCAGGAGACCUGCCUCAAUCUCCCCGGGGUGCUUCACCAUGUGCUCAUAGCCUGGGAGCAGGAGACUCUGUCCUCGGCGGAUGUCAAAAGUAUUUUGGACAAUAUUAAGCGGCGUCUAUUCAGUUUCUCCGUCUGUGCCACCAGUUUUCUGUGUGCCUACAUGUACUCGGUGCGAGAAACGGAGCUGCUGAAGCCCAUGAACAUGAUCCAGCAGUUCCUGGCGCCGAUGACCAGCGAAGAGCUCUCCAGCCAAGAGAACGCCAAGGAACGCUUGACUCUGAGCUAUCAGAUCAUCAGAAAGAUGCAGCAUGACGUCCAUCCCGCACCAAAUACCAAAUCCCGCCUGAUAUCCCACUCCCCGUUGGUGGAACAGUUUCGGGAGGUGUGGAAAACGGUCCUGGAGGCGGGCCAUCUGCCCGUGCGUGCGGCCCAGACACUGGAAUCCCUGCUGCUGGCCGGCGGAGCAGCGUGGCUGGCCACGCAGCUUGUGGAGCAGUUGCUGAGUUGCAAGUACACGCGAGACAUGUCCGUCAUGAUGGACGUGGUGUUUGCCGUGAUGCACCUGGACAUUGAGAAGACCACGGAGGCUCUGUUGCAGUAUGUUGUGGCACCUAUGGUACUCCGGCGACAGGGGGAGGACAUUAAUGAGCCGCAGUCCCUGAUUCUGUCCCGUUUGUGCGUCUACUGCAUAAUCUCUUGCUUGGAAACUCGCAGUGGCACUACCUCCUCCGCCCUGGCAGCAAUGAAAAAACGAUCGCGCUCCCAUGACGAGGAAGAACUGGCUGCCAAUGUGGCCAAGGUGCGCAAGGUGAUCGGCGAGGGAAACGAAAACUCCAGCGACUUUACAGAUGCAGGGAAUUCUGUGACGGGCCUGGGAGGAUCGUUGAUGGGCUCCAACUCGGCCGAACUACGGACAACGCCCGUGACGCUGAAGGAACCGCUGCAGUCGAGUGUGCAGCACAUAUUUGGAGUAUUCUUGCAGUUCGUCAGCGGGGACGAAUUGUCGCCCAAGGCAGUAUUUGUCUACCAAUUUAUCUCCCUGCUGGUGGAGUGCGGCGGGGAAAGGGUGACGCCAGUUCUGCGGCUGCUUCCUCCCCAACUGGUGCAGCAGCUGCUGAAAGUGCUUGCCACUGAUGAUAUAAGAGUGGGUCUAAUCAGCAGACUAUACGACCUGCGCGUGCCGAACGGCCGACAGGCGGCCGUGGCCGAUCUGUGCCUGUGGAGGAAUAUGCAGAUGAGCAGGCAUAGCAUACACCUUUGAGGUUUUAGUAGAUUAAGAGACGGGCGGGAGAAAUUGCUAAAUGAAUUGUAUUAAAAACUAGAAAUUGGUGACUCGA